GUCCUGGAAGCCCUCGAGAAUAGCGCUAGAUCGAACUCCCAAACCUUACGAAGCGGUAGUGGAAAAAGCGCUCGAUAUUUACCCGUGGGAUUUCCUCAGAGGAUCUUGGAAAGCAGUAGCGGAAAGGAAGCUAGAAGCUUUUCAAGUGGGUUUCAUCUGAAGUCGCUGGAAACUAUUGGUGGCAUGGGAACCAGGAUUUUCCAAAGUGGAUUUUGUGUGAAAACCCUUGAUUCCAGGAAUUUCUCGGACGGAUUUGACCUGAGAGCCCAAAGAAGAAUGCACGUGCUCGGAACUAAGGUAUUCUCCAGCGGCUCAGAGCAGAGAACUGUGGAUAAUGCGGAAAGCAAGACCCUUCCUUGGAUAGCAGCCUAUAAAGACGGAGAACGAAAGGGGGUGAAGAAAAGGCCUUCAAUAAGAAGCAAUCGCUCCUUAUGGGAACAGUCGGCGGAGAGAUAUUUUUCCAGAAGUGGUGGAAUCCUGGUGAAAGAGAACAGUGAGAGUGGAGAUAGAAAUGAAGAGAAGCUCAAAAGUACCAGAGGUUUUGCUACAGAAGAAAAUUAUCAGGAGGUCGGGGAGGAAGAUGAUGAACCUAUUGAUGAUCCAAGAUGGGAUAGGAUCCAGAAUAAGUCCAAGGGCUUUAUUGAUCAAGAGUCUCGUUUUGAGAAACCACAAGUUCAUCAGUGGAAUAAGCAAGAGAAAUGGGGAAGAAAGACAUGGAAAGAUGCCACCGAGUCAUCAGUUCCUAAAAUGGUUGGCCAAGGGGUUUAUGGGGUUGGUCCAAUUUUGGCAGCAUUGACAGCAGCAAGGAGGGAAUUUUAUGCUCUCUAUGUGCAGGAAGGGUUGGACUUGAGCAAAAACAAUAAGAAGAAGGACAAGAAAGCAGUGGAGAAGGUCUUGCAGAUAGCUGAAAAGAUAGGAUUGAAGGUUAUAGAAGCUUCUAAGCAUGAUCUGAAUAUGGCAGUCGACAACCGACCUCAUCAAGGUUUGGUGCUCGAUGCUUCUCCAUUGUAGAUGGUUAAUAUUAGGGAACUAGAGCCUGUGUCAGUGGAGGGUCAAAAAGCUCCUCUCUGGGUGGCUUUGGAUGAGGUCACAGACCCUCAGAAUUUAGGAGCCAUUAUAAGGUCAGCAUAUUUUUUUGGUGCAGAAGGGGUGGUGUUGUGUGCAAAGAACUCAGCACCUUUGAGUGGUGUAGUUAGCAAAGCCAGUGCUGACUCCCUCGAAUUGAUCGAGCUACUGUCUUGUAAGAACAUGAUGCAGUUCUUGUCAUCGUCAAUUGAGAAUGGGUGGAGGGUUCUUGGAGGGUCAGUUUCUUCAAGAGCUAUCCCAUUAAAUGAGGUUGAAGCUGGGUUUCCUACGAUACUUGUGUUGGGAAGUGAAGGCAGUGGGUUGAGACCUCUAGUGGAGAGGACGUGUACUGAGUUGAUUAGAAUUCCUGGAUUCAUGCCUGGAUUGGUUGGAAAAUUGGAUGCUGAGAAAAAGGAUCGGACUAAUUCUGGGCAAGAUCUUAAGUCCUUUCUUGCUGUAGAGAGCUUGAAUGUAAGUGUGGCAGCAGGUGUGUUGCUAUACCAUCUGAUUGGGAACAAUAGUCAUGUUAUAUGUGAGAAACCAAAUGAUGCCUUUAUGUAAACUUGUUUGUGCGAGUUGCUUGUUCACCUUAACCAAAAGCACUUCUUUUG